CCAAUGCUUGUUAUUGUAGACCAUUUGCAUAUCCAGUACAAUGGGUUUUUGCUUGGGAUUUUGUUGAUUUCGCUUUCGUGUUUGGAGGAAGGGAGGGACUUGAUGGGUGGUCUUGUUUUUGCUGUGUUGUUGUGCUUCAAGCAUUCGUUUGUGGUUGCGGCCCCUGUUUAUUUUGUUUACUUGUUGAGGCAUUAUUGUUGGAAAGGAUUGGUGAGGGGUUUCUGGCUGCUUUCGGUUUUGGGGGCUGUUGUUGUGGCUGGCUGUUUUUACAUUGGCAUAUGGCCCGUUUGUGUAUCAUGGGCAGGUUACCCCUGCGACAACCUUUAUCCUGGUUCUGAUUGCCUUAUCUGCUUGUCUCAAGCUUGGAGACAUCGACAGCCAUGGUUGAUUACAAGAUGGGUAGCCUAUGCAUACACAUGAGAAGGCACCACUCCACUUUGUCAUCCCCGUUGCCAUUGUCGCAUUGCAGAGUUUGGAUAAUGCGAAGCAUUACUUCUUGUUAUCAAUUGGUAUGCUUCUUCUUGCUUUCAUUUCUUCGUAGAGAAACGAGGGGAGAUUUGUUGAGUGGGGGUUAUCAGCUUCAGGAUCGCUGCUAAACUGUUAUAAAAAGGUUUCAAUACAUCUUCAAAGCUUCAAUGUUAGGGAGUCUUGACUAAGAUCACUGAAACUGAGUAUUUGUAAUUGAUGGAGGGAAAGAACAAACCUUUGCAUACAACACCCGAGCCCAAAAAAAAAAAACAUUAAAAUAUUUGAUUUGAUCUGGUAUUCUACAAUUAUAUGAUUGGAUGUCCAUUAUGCUGAAAAAUAAAUAAAAAAUCAUUCAGAUGUAUUGCUAUUUA